AUGAAGACAUUCACCAGUGAAUGCAGAAAUGGAAUCCAGUGGACCUUGUGGAGUCAACUGGAUGACUUUGACUUUGCCUACUACCUUGCACUUCUCUCCCACAGCCAGCAGCAGAUGCAAGACAAGAUCAGUGUGUUGACAGCUACAUCAGCACAGGUUGGACUCAUCAUCCACAAGGAGAAGACCAAGAUCCUUAAGAUCCUUAAGACCAACUUCAGUAACAUCAACCCAAUCACCUACCUGGGCAGCAUAAUUGACCAGCAAGGUGGAACAGAUGCAGAUGUCAAGGAAAGGAUCAGCUCAAGAACAUCUAGGCGUUUAGAGAGCUAA